GUCUCUCCGUCUGUCCCUCAGGUCUGGACGACAGCCUGCAGCAGUACAUCCCGUCCUUCCAGCGGCAGCAGGUGGACGGGGAGAAGCUGCUCAGGAUGUCCCACCAGGAGCUGCUGUCUCUGGGCGUGUCGAGGGUGGGACACCAGGAGCUGAUGCAGGAGGCCGUGGAUCUGCUCUGUGCACUGAAUCACGGUGUGGAGUCUGACAACCUGAAGACUCUGGUGGGGAAGAUGAGAGCGGCUCAUCACAACCUGAACAGCUCGGUGUCGCAGCGCAGAAAGAACCCCAUCUACAACAGCAAGAUCUCCCACCAGCCCUCCAACGAGUUCCUGACCGCCGUGAUGGAGCUCAUCGGAGCCGCCAAGAGUCUGCUGGGCUGGCUGGACAGGACGCCUCUGACGAGCGCCAACGACUUCACCUCCACCAAAAGCCGAAUCAUCCACCUGUGUCUGGAGCUCACCUCCACCGUGCAGAAGGACUGUACUGUUUAUGAGAUUGAGGAGAAGAUUCUGGAAGUGUCUCGAGCUCUGAACGGCGUCUGUGAGAAGACGGUGCAGGCGACCUCUGACCCCUCAAAGAGUGACAUGUCCUGUCUGGAGGAGGUGCACAUCAUCAACGUGAAGCCCGGAGAGGGACUGGGUAUAUACAUCAAGUCCACCUACGACGGGCUCCACGUCAUCACAGGAACAACAGAGAAUUCUCCUGCAGAUAAAACUCAGAGGAUUCAUGCUGGAGAUGAAGUGGUUCAGGUCAACAGACAGACAGUGGUGGGCUGGCAGCUGAAGCACCUGGUGGAGAAGCUGAGGGCCGAGUCUGGAGGCGUGGUCAUAGUGGUGAAGAAGAGGCCGUCGGGGAUAUCUGGUGGCUUCACAGCCGCUCCGCUGAAGAACCUGCGCUGGAGACCGCCCAGCGUACAGAUGCCUCAGGGAGUUCCAGGUCUUAUCAAAUGUCCGCAGCCAGAACCAUCAGACGCUCCUGUGAAGAGAGGAAAGACCACUUUGCUGGACUUGUACGUCCCUCCUCCCCCCGCAGCACCGUACAAACCACUAGACGCCAACAUGAACGUGUCGCCAUGUGUCAAAAUGCGACCCAAGUCUCCGAACUCGUGUCUGGACGCAGACACACGGAGACGCUCCAGUGUUACUGACAACAAGAAGACGCCGUCUGUCAGCCCCCCAGCUCAAGUCAACAAAGCGGUCCCCCUCAGACAGCACUCCUCUGCUCGCUGUAAACCCCGACCCGUCUCCAUGCCUGUAGAGAUUUCAGGAGUGUCCGACUUUUCCUCCAAACCCGGUGUGAAGGGACGUAAAGGUAACAGCGUUCUGCACAGAUAUCUGAGUAACGAGGGGAUCAGCACCAUCACGGAGGAGGAGCCGUGUUACCCUCUGCCGUACCGAGGACACCCGUCUGUCCGCGGCGUCGACCACAUCAGAGGCAGCCAGUGCUUCGUUAACGCCGACCUGCACAACAGCGCCACCAUCCCUUACCAGGAAGCAGCGUCCAAAAAGUCCUCGCCCUCCAGCUCUGCUGCUGUAAACAAACAGUCCACGUCGCUGCUCGGAGGUUUGCUGGCUCGUCUCAGGCUGCUCAGCCACUGACGGAGGCUGAUCGUGGUUUCAAAUCUCUCAUCCGGCUCCAUCAGGGGGGAAGGAGUUUUUUUAUUCUGAACUUCAUGAAGUUGACUGGAAAAAAUUUUCUGUGAGUUUAAGGCCUUGAAGAACUAAAGAUUUUAGUUUGGCAAAUACUUAAAAAAACUGAAAAACUGGAGAUCACGGAAAACAACGUCUGGACUGAAUCAAAGAUCUGAUGGUGGAAGAUUUUCUACAAAAAAAACUAUUCUGUGUCCAUAUUUACCAUGCCAGAUUUCUCUUACUCAGGACUUUCUGGGGUUCAGUUAUCACCACAAACUUCAAACCAGAAAGUCCACGGUCAUCCUUCAAAGUUGAAUUUCAAUGCAGACCUCUGACAGCUGUUUACUCAAAAGUUAACCCUUUAAAGGUGAAUGCUUUAAGGACCAGUGUGUAAAAUAUAGGGGGUCUAUUGGCUGAAAUGUAAAAUAAGGUUUUAGAUCAAGUGUUUUUGACAUGAAAAUAAGUAAUGUUGUGGUUUUGUUACUUUGCUUGAUUCUUUUGGGCCACUGUAGAAACAUGGUGGAUUGCAGAAAUGAAGAAAUCCUUCCAAACACUGGCUCUAGUGGCGACCUUUAGCUUUACAAGUUUUCAGUCACUGCAGGCCGUCCCACAAACUUGUGAAGGGGAGGGUGUUACCAUGUCGUUGCUGACUCUGGAUGCUUGAAGUCCCUCUUGCUGCACCUUUAAGCGCCUCAUGAAAACCUUCAUCCUCUGUGAAGCCUCUGGGAUUUCUCUCUCUCAGUGUUUUGAAAAACAUUUCUUCCACAUGCAUCAAUCACUGGAUUAGAGUUAAAAAUAUCUUUCAAUACUUCUGUCAAAACAAACACACAUCUCAAAUGUUCAGCCUUAGAGCCUUAAAGACACUGGAGAAGAAUUUAUCAGCUGAAACCUCGACGUCUUGAACCGACUCUCUCUGGAACAUUUGGACUUUUUCUCUUUGCUGCUGAAGAGUACGAGUAGGAAAUCCAACAGUCGUUAAAUUAUUCACUGAAGUAUCAAUACAUCUAUAACGGCUCACCAGUGGCUCUCAGCUGGUCGAGCCCCAGAGCCAACCACCCACUCCUCAAUGACAACUUUAUUUCAACCAAUCAGAUUUCUUUAAUGAAACAUGGUGCAGUUUGGACCUCAGACGCUACAUUAAUCUGACCCAUGACCCACUUUUGGAUCCAGAUCCACCACUUAAGAACCACUUUUCUUAUAUGUAUAAAGUUAUUUUUGACGCUUUGCUCAAUGGACAUUUCAAUUACAAAGUUUUAACAAACUUAUCCUUUAUACAGAAAGAUUAACUUGAGGGGGAAAAAAACAUCGGAUAACAUUUAACUUUCAGCUUGUGUUGAGACGAGCAUUUGUUUUAUUUGUGCUUUAACCAUUUUAAGCCUUUUAAUCGUUCAAAAAAAGUGUUCAAAUAACCAUAAAUCUCAGCUGAAGGCCGUCUGAAUCUGCUGAAAAUGAAGCUGGUUUUUGUUUUCGACAAAUUUUUUUCUCAUUUUUAUAUAAAAAAAAGACAUUAAGCAGAAUCAGAAUCAUUUAAAUCCAAACCAUCCAAAAACGCUCGACAUCAAAAUUCAGCAUUGAGCAAAAAACUCAAAGCUCAGUGUUUUUGUCAUCUGAAAAUAAUGAAGCGUUUCUAAACUUCACUGCUGCAAUGUUUCUCUUAAACUCAGGAGCUCUUAGUGCCUCUCAUCUCAAGAAUCAUUACUAGAGGUUAGUGUGUGUGAUUCUUUGUACAUAUGUUUAUAGAUUGUUUUUAUCACCGCAGACCAAAUUAUUCAUUUAUCACAGAAAGGAUUUUUCUUUUCAGAGUUCAAAAGCAAAUCAAAGCAAAUCCGAAUACAAGAGGUCAACGUGGUUACUGAGUAUUUUUAAACCUUUUGAAGUCUUGAUACGACAUUAUAUUAUAUUAACUUGUUUUUAAAGUGCAGAUACUAAAUACUCUAAACAAGUAAUACAUAUAAUGAUACAUAAUUGUGAGUUUACCAACAAGAUUUCAUUUGAAAAACAAUAUAAGAAGACAGUCAAAUAAAAAUUUGGUGGAAAUAAAAAAGGAUAUUAUCCAACUCCACUGGUGGAGAGAACAUUUCAGGAAUUUUGCUCAUAUUUUUUCUUUAAAGACUUAGUAUGCGACUUCCAGAGCAGCCUUUUAGACCAAAACAAACGCUCUUUGGCCCCUCCUCCUUCAUCCCUCAGCUCUCCCUUCCCCUCCUAUUUCCACUCUUCCCCCGCCCCUCUCUUCCUGAUUUGAAAGCGAGUAUCUGAGAGACGGAGAGUAGCAGACAAGUUCUGAUAAACAUGUGGGCCAUAGAAAGGUGUAUCUUUGGUGAGGAAAAUCUGUUGGUUCUCCUUCAGUUGUACUCUUGCGAUGACGUCUCACCAUCAUGCCCGCUGCCACAGCGUCCCUGAGUUGGCUGUGCAAUCUCUCCUCACCCACAUGAAGGCAGAAAUAAUGACCAGAGAGGGAGGGGUUCACAGGAAAACAAAAACCAUGUAUGCAAAACGUUUAAAACCCCAUGCUGUACUUUGAAGGCUUUACCUUAAAUAUCCUUUGGCAGAGUUGUCCGUUGGAAGCUGCUCAACAUUUCAGGUAAAUAACUGAUCGUAAAUAUUUCAGGUGUGGCAUACUGCACUGUACUUAAAACGCCAGUGGUCCCUCUGAAUGUUCUCUGAAGAACGCCUGAGUGUUUGAGGUUUCUUGUUGAACCGUUGUUGAAAAACUCUGUGAAGGAGUUCCUCAGGGAAGCGUUCUGGAUCCUCUGAUGUUUUGAUAAUCUUUUCUAAAGAGUGUUUCUGAUUCAUGUUAGGUGCCUUUAUACUAACAGAACAUUAUGAAGACGCUUUGAAAGCUUGUAUGAAAGACUAACAGAGUGUAAUGGAUACUGUAAAUAUCACAGAGAUGACCUCCUGUAUCCUUUGCUGGAUUGAAUUAUGGAAAUUGAUGAGAGCAUUUCUUUUACAUUUCAAAAGUUAGAUUGUUGUUUACUGAACAUGACAUUGAUAUAAGAGUGAGACAGGAUUUCUUACCUUUGGAUGUUCCUGUUUGUAAAGGUUUUGUUGUUGUUGCCAAAUGACAUGCAUCAUAUUCUGAGUCUCAGUAUUCUGAAGUAUUUUAUAACAGUCACUGAUUUCUAUCUUCACAUGUGUAUAUGAAUCCAAAGCUAUGCAGUAAGAUGUCUCUGAGAUGCUCUGUAACUUGUACAAAAUAUAGAAAUAAAGUGCAAUUUAUUUUAAAA